UGCAAGCUUGCGCCGCAAGUAGAUGCGAUGCGAGUCUACGGCAGUCUCCAUAUAGUCUUAAGUAGUAUGGUCGCUUGUACAAUUUUCUAUGAGUGACAAGUAACGGUUUUUACAUUAAGAAAACUUCGAAUAAUGAUUUAUCAUAACUGAAGUGAACCGAAAUUGGUGUAAUGAUCAAAGAUAUGGCUGAUGAUGAGGCCAUACAGGCCACUAAUGAUGAUGCAAGUGAGUGUAAAAGAUAUGCUGUGCAACUUAGUUACUGGUCCGAUCCAUUUAUCAACUUUUUCGUAAAACAAACUGGUCGAAAAGCACCUGAAAUCAAUCGCGGUUACUAUGCGAGAGUAAAAGGAAUUGAGGUGUUCGUUGACAAAUUCCUUAAGCUAUCUGGUGAAGAAGGACAAAUUAUAAACUUGGGUGCUGGAUUUGAUACACUUUAUUGGAGACUUAAGGAAACAGGAAAGAGUCCAGCAAAUUUUAUAGAACUUGAUUUUCCUAGCAUUACUGCUAGAAAAUGUUAUCACAUCAAAAAACAUAAACAAUUGAUAGAUAUGUUAAAUACAGAAGAUGGAGAAAUUAGGUUUUCAACAACAGAUCUACAUGCUGCCAAUUAUCAUUUGGUGGGAAUAGAUCUGCGGCACAUAUCUGAACUUAUUAAUAAAUUAACACAAGCAGAAGUUAAUUUUAAUCUUCCAACCAUGUUCCUUGCAGAAUGUGUUUUAGUAUAUAUAGACACUAGUGCAGCUUCUGCAUUGUUAAAAUGGCUUGCUGGAAAAUUUCCAAAUAGUAUUUUUGUUAAUUAUGAACAAGUGAACAUGAAAGAUAAAUUUGGCCAAGUUAUGUUGUCUAAUUUACGUAGUCGUGGAUGUUUGUUAGCAGGUGUAGAAGAUUGUGAAUCUUUGGAAACUCAACAAAGACGCUUUAUAAUAAACAGUUGGGAAGGCUCUAAUGCAUGGACAAUGGUAGAAGUCUAUGAUUCACUGCCUCAAGAUGAUCGUAGUCGAAUCGAACAUAUAGAAAUGUUGGAUGAGCGAGAACUUUUAGUUCAAUUAUUGCAACAUUAUUGUAUCUCAGUUGCUUGGAAUGGACAAACAUUUAAAAAUUUGUCUAUAGCACAGGGUUAGCUUUUCUAACUCUUAUAAGUUACUCCAGGUAGUGAUACUGUGUCAUUAAAAAUCUUUAAGCUUAUAAGUACAUAUGUGGUAACUAAUGAUACAAAAUCAUUGUUUAUUAUUAAAAUUAAUAAGUUUUAAUCAUAAAUUUAUAGUAUAGAUUAUUAUAAUAAUGUAAUGUUUGCUUUAUGAUAAUAUAGUUUUUUCCGUUAUAUAUAUA